CAACACGCUUCCUCGGCCGAGGUCUCUUUGCUUUCUCAGGACAUUUUGGAUUUCAUUAUUUGCAGCUGCAAUACUCCGGGCACCCACUCCACCCUCUUCCAUCUCCACGGCUUUCUCUUUUCUCAUCAACAUCCACGACAUCCGUGUCAGUGCCAUUCUCUUUAAACGACUGCUCUGCGCCCAUCCUGUCUCACGGCGCAUGGAGCAAAGCGACUAUCUUAUCACGCGAGGUUGAGCACGUUGAAGAGAAGAACAAGGAGCAGAUGGUGAUAGAGGCAGAGGAGGGACAGCGGCUGUCGAGAGACGAGGGUGGAGCGACGGGACGAUGGUGACGGACACACGCUCAUCGAGCAGGCAGAGCGGUACGACGGUACGUACCUCCUGUUAUCGCCCUUUCCGCCUGCCCCUCCCUCGACAUCCACGCCUCGAACCCCCACGCAUUCGUCUUCUCAGCCCCCUGGCUCCUCCUCGCAUGUGUGGACCGACUACUCCUCCCAUCCGCCCGCCCCUCCCUCGACUUGUGUACCCUCGACU